CGCUCAUGUAACGACCCCCAACUAAUUCAGUGCCUUGUCGCAGCGAACGAGCGAGCAGCCUUCCGGAACAAUGACUGACUCGAGGGCGAAUUUCAAAGUGUUUAAACUUUUAAAGAUUAUAUUUAGUAGCUUCCUUGUUGCAGCGCUUCUGUUAUUUACUGUCGCAUCUAUCAGGACUUUUACACUGGAUGUAAAUGUCGGACUUCAAACCGCUCACUGGGAAAAGACGAAUAACAUCUCGCUUGUGAUAGACCACCAUCAGAGAAAGGAGCUUCUUGAAAACUUUAAAAAAGCUGUCCGGAUCCCCACGGUGUCAUUCUCACCGACUGAGAGCAACACGACCGCGCUGCUGGACUUCGAAAGGCUCCUCCGGAAGGUCUUCCCAACAGUUUUCUCUUCAACACUGGUUCACCAUGAACUGGUGGCCAACUACAGCCACCUGUUUUGGGUGCCAGGAUCACAGCCUGACCUGGUGCCAUACCUUCUGCUGGCCCACAUUGAUGUUGUACCUGCCUCAGAGUCAGAUGGUUGGGAGGCCCCACCAUUUUCUGCCCAGGAGAUAGAUGGCUUCAUCUAUGGUAGAGGGACCCUAGACGACAAGGGUCCUGUAAUGGGAAUACUUCAGGCACUGGAGUAUUUGCUGAUAAAAGGUUAUGCACCACGCAGAGGAUUUUACAUCGGUCUUGGCCAUGAUGAAGAAAUUCAUGGUCACAACGGAGCAGUGAACAUAGUGCAUGUUCUGAAGCAGCGUGGUGUGAGGCUGUCGUUUGUCCUGGAUGAGGGCCUGGCUAUACUUGAUGGAAUCAUCAGUGGUCUUGAAGGACCUGCUGCUUUAAUUGGGGUAAGUGAAAAGGGUAUGGCCAAUGUAAAGCUGAGUGUGUCUGUGAAGCCUGGUCACUCCUCAAUGCCUCCCAGUGAAACCAGCAUUGGGAUCUUGGCUGCAGCAGUUAAAAGACUAGAGGACAACCCCAUGCCAAGGUUUUUUGGUUACGGCCCUGAGCGUGAAACCUUUGAACACCUGGCCCAUAAGUUCAGGCUCCCAAUGAAGUUCAUAAUGUCAAAUUUGUGGCUGUUCUCCUCACUCCUGGGCAGAGUAAUGGAAAGAAAACCAGACAGUAAUGCUUUCGUAAGGACAACCACAGCUGUCACCAUGUUUAAUGCAGGUGUUAAGGUGAAUGUCAUCCCUUCCCUCGCUGAAGCUUAUGUAAAUCUACGAAUUCACCCUGCACAUUCAUUACAAGAGGUCCUGGACCUCAUCCAGUCUACAGUGGGGGACCAGCGAGUGAAAAUAGAGCUCGUUUAUGGAUUUGACCCUCUGCCUGUCAGCUCUGCUGAUGAAAAGUCCUUUGGAUUUCAAAUCAUUAAGAAAACAGUGCUGGACAUGUUUCCAACUGUUGCAGUGGCUCCAGGCAUCUGUAUUGGGAACACAGACAGUCGACACUUCAAAGACCUGACCAGUGAUAUUUAUCGCUUCAGCCCUGUCUGGUUUAAACCAGGCGACCUUCAAAGAUUCCAUGGCAUCAAUGAAAGGAUUUCUAAGAAGAACUACGAGGACCUCGUAGCAUUUUACUUCAGUUUGAUUCAAAACAGUGACAUUCAGAAGCUGCCAGAGCCUCACAGCUCUCUCCAUGAACUCUAAGAAAUGGAAAGCACUAGUAACAAUUAAAGAAAAUGCAAUCCAACAACCUUUUUUGAUGAAUUUGGAUAAUGAAUCUGGUACUCUACAGUAGUUUUUAAAACAAUGCUGUAGUAUCACUGACCACUCAGUAAAAUGAAUCCUGAUUUGUAAAGGUGA